GUAUCACAUUAUUUCAGAUUUCUCACAACUUCUACAUUUAGCUGCAGAAGGCCUUUCUGACAGAGCUGGGUUUGUUUUGAUUUUAAUGGACAGUGCCAGAGGAGCAAAGAGAGGAAGGGAAAAGAGACAGGGAAAGCAGGACAAAGAUGUCCAGCUAUCCAAAGCCAUGUCUUAUGCUCUGCGUCAUGGAGCGCAGCAGCUGGGUCUUCAAAUGGGCACAGAUGGCUUCCUGUUUGUGGAGGAUCUCUUGGCUCACCCGCAGUUUCAUUCGUACACAUUAGAAGACGUAGAAAGAGUUGUGGCUACAAAUGACAAGCAACGCUUUAAGCUCCGUUCCCAUCCAGAUAACGGCCGGCUGGAGAUCAGAGCAAACCAGGGACAUUCAAUACAGGUUUCUGAUCUUGAGUUGAUACCACUACUUGCUGGUUCUCCAGCCUGCCCAGUUGAAGCUGUUCACGGUACCUACCUCCGUAACUGGCCGUCCAUCCAGCAGCAUGGCCUGAGCCGAAUGAAUAGGACCCAUAUCCACCUGGCGCCAGGCUUGCCAGGAGAAGACGGCGUCAUCAGUGGCAUGAGGAAGAACUGUGAUCUUGCUGUGUUUAUUGAUGUCCCCAUGGCCCUUGCUGAUGGUAUUGAGUUCUUUCGGUCAGAGAACGGCGUGUUGCUUACUGCAGGCAAUACUGAGGGCAAACUCCUGCCUAAGUACUUCAUCCGGGCCCUCAGAUUGAGACCUACAAGGAGUGUCCUGCCACUUCAGUAGGAGAAAUGAGGAAACUUGGUGACAUUUUACCUCAUAAAAGUCACACUUUCUUUACAUUAUGGUUCUUACAUCCUGUUCAGAUGGUUUGAUCAGUCAUGUGAUAUUCAUAAAUCAAGCUAAAUGGAAGCAAACCAAUAAAGCUCUUCUGAAGUA